GCAGCCCUAGCAGCAAUUUUUGCAAGUGCAGAAAAAAAGAAAACAAAAUAGAAAAAGACGGAAGUGUGCUGCCGGUGACAGAAUUGCCAAUAUAUAUAUAAUAAAAUCAGUGUCUGCUGCUGGCCCUAUACAGUUAAAAUUGCAACCAAACGAUAGCAGCACACCACGAAUAUGGCAUUAAAAAAAGUGAAGGGAAAUUUUGAGCGUAUGUUUGAUAAAAACUUAACAGAUCUGGUGCGCGGCAUAAGGAACAACAAGGAUAAUGAGGCCAAAUACAUAUCGACAUGCAUUGAGGAGAUCAAACAGGAGCUGCGACAGGACAAUAUCAGCGUCAAAUGCAAUGCCGUGGCCAAGCUGACCUACAUACAAAUGCUUGGCUACGACAUCUCCUGGGCAGGCUUCAACAUCAUCGAGGUGAUGAGUUCGUCACGUUUUACCUGCAAGCGUAUCGGCUAUCUGGCAGCCAGUCAGUGCUUUCAUCCCGAUAGCGAGCUGCUCAUGCUGACGACGAACAUGAUACGCAAGGAUCUCAAUUCACAGAAUCAGUAUGACGCUGGUGUGGCGUUAAGCGGCCUAAGUUGUUUCAUAUCGCCCGAUUUGUCACGCGAUUUGGCCAAUGAUAUUAUGACACUGAUGAGCUCUACGAAACCUUAUCUGCGCAUGAAAGCCGUCCUAAUGAUGUAUAAAGUAUUUCUACGCUACCCCGAAGCACUGCGACCUGCCUUUCCAAAACUCAAAGAGAAACUGGAAGAUCCCGAUCCAGGUGUUCAAUCGGCUGCCGUGAAUGUCAUUUGUGAAUUAGCGCGUAAGAAUCCAAAAAACUAUUUACCUUUGGCGCCAAUCUUCUUCAAGCUGAUGACCACAUCGACCAACAAUUGGAUGCUGAUCAAGAUCAUAAAGCUGUUCGCGAGCCUCACGACAAUUGAACCGGCGCUGGGACGCAAAUUGACUCAGCCCCUAAUCGAAAUUAUUUCCAGCACCUCGGCGAUGAGUCUUUUGUAUGAAUGCAUAAACACGGUGAUAGCGGUGCUCAUCAGCAUCAGCAGUGGCAUGCCCAACCACAGUGCCUCCAUACAGCUUUGUGUGCAAAAGUUGCGCAUACUCAUCGAAGAUUCCGAUCAGAAUUUAAAAUAUCUGGGGCUGCUGGCCAUGUCCAAGAUCUUGAAGACUCAUCCGAAGAGCGUGCAGGCGCACAAAGAUCUAAUAUUGGCGUGCCUGGACGACAAGGAUGAGUCGAUACGGCUGCGUGCCUUGGAUCUGCUGUAUGGCAUGGUCUCCAAAAAGAAUCUCAUGGAGAUUGUGAAGCGUCUGCUCGGUCACAUGGAGCGUGCCGAAGGCUCUGCCUAUCGCGAUGAGCUGCUCUACAAGGUGAUCGAGAUCUGUGGCCAGAGUUCCUAUCUGUAUGUGACGAAUUUCGAAUGGUAUCUGACGGUGCUCGUUGAACUGAUCCAAUUGGAGGCGGGCUCACGGCACGGCCGAUUGAUAGCCGAACAGCUGCUGGAUGUGGCCAUCCGUGUGCCGGUUGUACGUCAAUUUGCUGUGAACGAGAUGACCAAUCUGCUGGACACAUUCACAGUGUCGGCCCAGAGCAAUUCCAUGUACGAGGUGCUCUAUGCGGCCGCCUGGAUUGUUGGCGAGUUUGCCGGCGAACUGGAGGACGCCGAGAAGACGUUGAAUAUACUGCUGCGUCCGCGGCAGCUGCCCGGCCACAUACAGGGCGUCUAUGUGCAAAAUGUGAUUAAAUUGUUUGCCCGCCUGGCAACCACAUGCCUGGAACUGCAGGAUCUGCCGGGCAUUGUUCGACUCUGCGAUCAUGUCUUGGACAAGCUGCAGCAUUUCAACGGCUCCAGCGACAUUGAGGUGCAGGAGCGAGCCAGCUCCGCUUGCAUGCUCAUCGAAAUGCUGCGCAGUCAGCUGACAGCGACAGUGGCAGAGACAGAGACGGCGACGGCGACAAUGACAGAUGAAUCAUCCAUGGGCAUGGAGACAGCCGAGAGCGGCGGUGGCGGCGGCGGCGGCGGCAUACCAACGCUGGCCAUUGAGAUUGUGCAGGAGAUGACGCUGCUUUUUGCUGGGGAACUGAUACCAGUGGCGCCCAAGGCACAGCGAAAGGUGCCGCUGCCGGAUGGCCUGGAUUUGGAUGAAUGGAUCAAUGCCCCACCGCCGGAGGAUAAUCCGAGCAGCUCCUCCUCGGAGCAUGACAAGGAGGAGCUGUUUGUGAGUGCCGCCCAAGCGGCAGGAGCAGGAGCGGGUCACGAUGCCAGCCAUGCUGGAGCGGGCAAGCGACGCAAGAGCCUCGAGCUAACGCCCGAACAAAUGGAGCGACAGCGCCUGGCCCGUCUCAUCGAGCAGUCGAAUAAUCCGCAUUACCUGAAAUCAACGAAUGCCUCCGCCUCCGGCUCGGCUGGAGGGGCAUCGUCGAAUGCGGAUCAAUAUGACAACAUAGACGAUAUACCCAUAACGGAGCUGCCCCUGGAUAUGGAGGGGGUGGCGGCACUGCGUGUGGGCGUGACUAAGCGCUCGGAUAAGUAUCUGCAGGAUCAACAGGCAGCGGCGGCCUUGCAGGGCGGCGGUGCGGGCAAAGAUGGCAAAAAGAAGCAUAAAAAGAGUAAAAAGAGCAAAAAGGCUAAAAACAAAGUGGCCUACAACAGCAGCUCCGAAUCGGAUGGCGAACCGAAACCCUUGCACAUUGUCAACACCACACUGGACAUGCCCGAGGGUGUGUCGCUAUCAGACAGCGAGGACAAGGAUGGCAAAUACGAUCCCAAUGAUCCACACAGAGCUUUGGACAUUGAACUGGAUAUAGCGGACUUUGAGGCGCCUGCGGCCAGCAAAUCAGCGUCCAAAAAGUCCAAGGAGGGCAAAGAGAAUCUCAAGGUGCCAGCGGAAACAGCGACGAACAGCAGCUCCAAAAAAGAAAAGAAAAAGGACAAGGACAAGUCGAGGGAGCAUAAGCGAGAGCGCAAGGCGCCUGCUCAGCCCAUGGUCGUUGAUCUAAUCGAUGCCGAUACACCCACGCCCAGUCCCAAGCAUGCUCCUGCCGCCAACGCCACCGCCACCAACGACAACGCCUCCAACAACACUUCAAGAGCUGUCCUUCCAGAUGCAACAUCCGAGGAGCAUCACAAGCAGCAUAAAAAGAAGAGAAACAAGGAGAAAUCCAAGGAGACGGCAGCGGUAACAGCGGUAACAGCAGUAGCAGCAAGCGGCAGCAUCAUCGAUGUGGAGAAUGAUGCCAGCGCGCUGAUGGCGUCCAAGACGCACAAGAAGAAGCAUAAAAAGGAGAAAUCUCGACGAAAGGAAAAGCAGGAAGAAUCAGCAAACGCAACCGCAACCGCAACUGAAGCCGUAUCCGCGUCCGUGUCGGCAGCCGACUAUGAACAGCCACUGGGAAUCUCAACGCCCAGCAAAGAGAUUUUUUAAAUGUUUAAGAUCUAAGUUCCAUUAUUAUUAUUAUUAUAAUUGUAGCUAUUAUAUACAUAUAUCUACUAU